AUGAGUGAUGUCGAGGCAGUCUCUUUCCCAGCUGCCCUGGACGUCGGUCAGAACAUUGCUCCGGUGAAGCCCGAUCCUGUUGCGCUUUCACCGGGAGAUGGUGACUCCCCCCGGGUAGACGAGGGUUCCAAUAAUCAUAAUGCGCAGGAAGGGCCUCCCAGUCCCAGGGCGGACUCGGAGGCGGAAACCAUUAUUCAAUCCGGUCGAGAGUCUUUGUCACCAGAGAAGAAAAGGAAACAUAUAAAGCACGACCCGAGUCGCCGAGAACUCAAUGGAAUCGAUGCACAGCGAAAGAAACCCCGGGUUCUCACAGAUCGAGAACGCACCCGUUCGCCACAUCGAGAGAUCUCGCCUUCCAUGGUUAAGAUCGAGAAGGUUGAUGAUGUGUUACCCGGGGAAGGUGUGAAUGGAAUCGAUCAUGCGAGGCCUCGCGCCUUCCGAAAGCGAAGCUUCAGCGACAGUGCCGAAGAAGACAGGGAACGCCGUCGCGCUCACUCUCAUGCUGCCCACCCCGCUCGAGAGUUGAAGCAUAAUAAUACCACGCGUCUGUCCAGACCACCAUCCAAUACACGAUCGCUGUCCCCGAAUCGUCGAUCUCAUCAACGGUCUGCAUCGGGGUCCCAAUUCCCAAGCAAGAAGAAAGCACCGACCCCCCUGCUUUCAGGAUUCGGGCGACACAGCUCUGAAGAGCGACAUUCCACGGAUUCUUCGACGAGUGGCUCACCACUUCCAGGUGCCCCUCAUCUGCGCAAGCUUGGAUCGGGAGCAGGCGCAUCUGCAUCGCCUGCCAAGCAGAUGGGACCGAAGAAACUACGCGACAAGAGCGGCCGGACUCCUCUUGCGCGGGCGUGUGCAGAUCGAAAGCAUGAUCAAGUCAUGAUGCGCCAUGCGGAGCGACCUGAAGACAUUAAUAUCCCCGACAACGCAGGCAACACCCCCCUGCAAAUCGCAUCGCUCGCUGGUGAAGCUGAGAUCGUCAAGUUCCUGCUUGAGGCAGGUUGUGAGAUCAACACGAAAAACAUCGACAAAGACACUCCGUUGAUCGAUGCUGUGGAAAAUGGAAAUGUGGAGGUCGUGAAGCUCUUGCUUGAUGCAGGUGCUAACCCACGAACUGUAAAUGCGGAAGGCGAUGAGCCUUUCGAGCUUGUGCCAUCUUUUGUUGACGAUGAUGAAUACGAAGAAAUGCGAAAGGCUUUGGCAGAUGCCAAGGCUAACUUGAGGCCCGGGCGGCGCUCUGAGGAACACACGAGACCAGAGAGCAAGGAACCAUCUUCACGGCGGGCCUCUGCAGCUAGGGGAUCAGCGACCAGUCCUCGAGAAUCACCUCCUAUGCGCAGUCCGCCCCCUGCAGGUUCUGCAGCGAAUCGACGGAAAGGCGGAAGAGGUGAAGCCACAAGAAAUGAUUUGCUCUGGACGAAGCCGACAUUUGAGAAUCUUCGUGAAUUUGCUGCCAAAGGCGACGAGGCUGGAGUGGUUAGCAUUCUGAAUAUCCUGCAGAAGGCUGACAAUGCAUCUUUGAUCGCUGCUGCGAAAGGUGGUCACCAUGACGUGCUCUCUCUUCUAUACGCAAUGGGGAACGCCGACGCCGACCCAAAUCCACUGCGAGGUCAAAAGCCAGGCUACAACACGCCUAUGCUUGCUGCCAUCGGUCGAGGAAACAGUGCUGUGAUCCAGUUGAUUUUGAACCAGCCUGGCUUUAAUCCCACUCGUCGUUUGUUUGAAGAUCGAACGUACUUUGAUCUGUCGCGAGGUCGUAUGGGUGAAAACUGGGAAGACGAGUACCAAAUUCUGAAGGAUGCGUAUGAGAAGUUCCCGGGCGAGAAAAAUAGGAAAGACGACUCACCCCGCCGUGCACGUAAAGAGAAAGACGACAAACGUGCUGCGCGCCGAAAUUCCUCUUCCCCCGUUCGCACCAAAAAGAUCAACACCAGCCCCACCAUUAAUCGCAACCGUGAUUCUUUCAAAGAUCUCGAUCACAUGAAAGAAAAGCGCCAAAAAGACGACCCUUCACGACAAUCUGAACCGAAACCAAAAUCCUCCAUAUCAGCCAGACGCGACAGUGAGUCAAGCGGGAUGGCUCGAAACGACGAAGUCAAAAAACGCCGUCUCAUUCCCGGCCGUCGGCCACAGGAGCGCAGACCCAGCCUUUUCUCCUCGGACUCCUUAUCUGGACGUGACGAAGCACCCAGACCACGUGAAACAGACAACAACCUCUCCCUCAAGCGUAUCCGCCCCGAUCGUUCUCCAGAACGCUCUCGUUCUCGCGGCACAGAGAGUGGUCGACUUUCCCCCGAGUCGCGUCCCAAGAAAAGACGAAACGUAUCGGAAGACCACGCAGCAAAUGGUGCCCCGCGAUCGGACGAACAGAAGCCUCGCCGACAAGACGAUUCCACCCGCCCAGACUCUCAGAAAGCCGAAAUCAAGAAACCUUCCACUCGUCCUCCUUCGCCUGCUCACGAUGCCAGAAAGGAUGUGGAUAUGAAGGACGCUGAUGAUCCGGCAGUUGGUGCAGACGCGAAGCGUGCGGAACAUGAGGCUGACGAACGGCGUCGAGCACAGGCCAGGAAGGCACAGGAAGAACGUGCUGCGGAUGACAAGCGCGUGGCAGACGAGAAACGCAUCGCAGAAGAUAAGCGGGUUGCCGACGAAAAGCGUGCUGCGGAUGACAAGCGCAUCGCAGAGGACAAGCGGAUUGCUGAAGAGAAGCGCGUCGCGGAAGAUAAGCGCGCCGCAGACGACAAGCGGCUUGCGGACGAGGCUGAACGAGAGCGACUUGCCAAAGAGGAAGCCGAUCGAGCCGCUCAAGCCGCCCAAGCCGCCCGUGAGAAGGCUGAUGAAGAGGACCGCAAGCGCAAGGAGGCCGAUCAAAGACGUGCCAAACAAGCUGAUGAUGAUCGACUCAAGCGACUGGAGCAAGAACGUGCUCGCAUCGCCAAGGUGCGCCGUGAUCGUGAAGCGCAAGAGAAACAACGCCGCGAUGCACUUCCCGACCGUCUUCGUGUUGCAGCAAACCUAGUUGGCUCCAACGAUCCCCGUGCCAGAAGUCAUGACUGGCUCCAAUCCUUCAUGCCCCUCGUUACUGCGCGCACCAGUCAACUCGACCCAGGCUGUGCUGUGGAUGCCGCGGAUGAGAAAUGGAUACCCAACUACUUGAUUGCACCUCUCUUGGCCACCAACGAUCUACAGCUUUCACAGUAUGCUGGCUGGGAGAAGCGCAAGGCAACCCCAACUCAGCGCGUGAACCUGUGGCGAGUCACCCGCCGUAUGUUGAAUUACACGGAAGUACUUGCCAACUCGAGCAUCGGGCAGGUCAUGCAACAGGAUUGUGAAACCAGACCCAAAUACUUUGAGAUGGAACAUGUCUUUUGGAUCAGACUUUCUGAUUUCACUGAUCUUGUCCCCCACAUUCCCCAUCUCCACGGCCUCGAGCUUGAGUUCCUGGGCAUGCAUGUCGACCCCGAGCCGCCAGUGGCUGGCACCAGUUCAGGCGCUCACACCAACGGCCACGGCCCGGACUCUACUGAAGCGAACGGGACCGGGCCGAUCAAUGGCUAUGGCCAUUCUCGGUCGAGAUCAUCCGAUUCAAGCAUAAUCAGCAAUAAAAAUGGUACGUUUACCGUCGAAUACCUCACCGUCCUUGCACACCCAGAUUUGCGACAAUUGAGACUGGAUUCAGCAUGCGCCGAUAACAGAUCCGCGGGGUUUACUGUCGUCAACUGCAUGUUGAAGUCAAGCCUCACUUCGGACGGAGAAGAGCCCACAUCCCCCAUCGCCCCUGCCGACGAGGUCGAGGUCUCUGCCGAUGCCGGCUCCGGCCAGAUGUCCGUCCUGGACGCCCUCAAGGGUGUUCUGCGCAUCUCCCUCAUCCACGAUGGUCUUGCCCGUGGUCUCCGUGAGGCCGCCAAGGCUCUCGACCGCCGCGAGGCCCACAUGUGUGUCCUGAACGAGGGCUGCGAGGAGGAGGCUUACAAGAAGCUCGUUGUCGCUCUCUGCUCUGAGCACAAGAUCCCCCUCAUCAAGGUUCCCGAUGGAAAGAUGCUCGGCGAGUGGGUCGGUCUCUGCACUCUCGACCGUGAGGGUAACGCCCGCAAGGUUGUCAACUGCUCUUGCGUCGUUGUCAAGGAUUGGGGUGAGGAGUCCCAGGAGCGCUCUGUCCUCCUCAACUACUUCCAGACCGAGCAGUAG